AUGGCUGGAAGCUUAAAAUAGAUCCAGGGAGGAGCUCAUUAACGUGAACACAGGAAGCAAUUCCGCACCUCUGGCCUUAUUCCUUUUGGAAAUUGCUUUGGUCCAUUUUUACUUCCUUUUAUUCAAUGCACCAGAACAUACAGAAUUUUACCGACAUUUUACCACAUUUCACGAUGAACUAAUUUAGAUUGGACAAAAUAAUUGUUCCACUGGGACACAGGAAUUCAACUUCAGUUCAGAAAAUCCCUGACAUCUGACGUAGGAGGAUUUAUAGGUUUAGUGGAAAUUGCUUUCUCCUGCUCUCCAGAUUGCAUCCUGUGGGUUGAUUUUUUUUGCGUGAGUAAACAUCCUUCUAAUAAUGAACAGACCAAUGAUGUCUUAAGAGAGAAAAAGAACAACCUUUUCCUUUUUGCUGUUUCUGGAGAGAGCUGUUUGGAUUUGAAAACCCGUCUUGGCUGUCCCAAAUAUGAAAUUUGGCAUCUUUCUUUUGUUGUGGGGAUGGGUUUUGGCCACUGAAAGCAGAGUGCACUGGCCAGGAAAAGAAGUCCACGAGAUGUCUAAGAAAGGCAGUAGGCCUCAAAGACAGAGACGAGAAGUACACGAAGAUGCCCACAAGCAAGUCAGCCCAAUUCUGAAACGAAGCCCUGACAUCACCAAAUCACCUCUGACAAAGUCGGAACAGCUUUUGAGGAUAGAUGAUCAUGAUUUCAGCAUGAGGCCUGGUUUCGGAGGCCCUGCCAUUCCUGUUGGUGUGGAUGUGCAGGUGGAGAGUUUGGAUAGCAUCUCAGAGGUUGACAUGGACUUUACGAUGACCCUCUACCUGAGGCACUACUGGAAGGACGAGAGGCUGUCUUUUCCAAGCACCAACAACCUCAGCAUGACAUUUGAUGGCCGGCUGGUGAAGAAGAUCUGGGUCCCUGACAUGUUUUUUGUGCACUCCAAACGCUCCUUCAUCCAUGACACCACCACAGACAACGUCAUGUUGCGGGUCCAGCCCGAUGGGAAAGUGCUCUACAGUCUCAGGGUUACGGUAACUGCAAUGUGCAACAUGGACUUUAGCCGAUUUCCCUUGGACACACAAACGUGCUCUCUUGAAAUUGAAAGCUAUGCCUAUACAGAAGAUGACCUCAUGCUGUACUGGAAAAAAGGCAACGACUCCUUAAAGACAGAUGAACGAAUCUCACUCUCCCAGUUCCUCAUUCAGGAAUUCCACACCACCACCAAACUGGCUUUCUACAGCAGCACAGGCUGGUACAACCGUCUGUACAUUAAUUUCACGUUGCGUCGCCACAUCUUCUUCUUCUUGCUCCAAACUUAUUUCCCGGCCACCCUGAUGGUCAUGCUGUCCUGGGUGUCCUUCUGGAUCGACCGCAGAGCUGUGCCUGCCAGAGUCCCCUUAGGUAUCACGACAGUGCUGACCAUGUCCACCAUCAUCACGGGCGUGAAUGCCUCCAUGCCGCGCGUCUCCUACAUCAAGGCCGUGGACAUCUACCUCUGGGUCAGCUUUGUGUUCGUGUUCCUCUCCGUGCUAGAGUAUGCAGCCGUCAACUACCUGACCACCGUGCAGGAGCGGAAGGAACAGAAGCUGCGGGAGAAGCUGCCCUGCACCAGUGGGUUACCUCCGGCCCGCACCGUGAUGCUGGAUGGCACCUACAGUGAUGGGGAGGUGAACGACUUGGACAGCUACAUGCCAGAGAACGGAGGGAAGCCCGACAGGAUGAUGGUACAGCUGACUUUGGCCUCAGAGAGGAGCUCCCCCCAGAGGAAAAGUCAGAGAAGCAGCUACGUGAGCAUGAGAAUUGACACCCACGCUAUUGAUAAAUACUCCAGGAUAAUCUUUCCAGCGGCAUACAUUUUAUUCAAUUUAAUAUACUGGUCUAUUUUCUCCUAGAUGCCUGUAAUUCUAUAAAUUUCACAUUUCCAUGGUUUCCACUACAGAAAUAUCUGUAUAAUGAGAAAGAAUGUAAGGAUAUGGUUUUAAAAAAAAUCCCAAGUCCCACCCAUGUUUUCACUAUCCCUUCUGCAGCUUUCCAAAGCUACAUUGACAAGACACUUACUGGUUUAAUUUGCACUUAUUAACCAUCUAUUGAAUACGCAGCAUUAUAUUAGCUGCUGCAGGCAUACGACACUGCAGCAACUGAUGUUAGUUGUUACCCAGAUCCCCUGGAAAAACACACUACCAGUGUUUGGGCACAUUUAGUUCCACCUGUUAGACCCUAGAUGCUAUUCACUGAAUGAUUUCCUUUCCUCGAGUGUCAUUAUAUUCUUCAGGCUAGGUGGACUUGGAAGCACCUAAAGGCCACUUGCAUGAAACUCACAUGCACCUAAAUCCCCACUUUGACUGAAACUCAUGCUUCAGUUUAUAGCCUAUUACCUAUUUUGUAUGCAUCUCCGCUUGUUUAUUUUAAUAAAAGGCAAUAAUAAUAUUCACAUUAUUUUUCUUUACAUGCUAUGGUUCACAAGUUUGACUCCUUUACAAGAAACGCUCUUUAGACUGGUGCAAUUGCUUCUGAUUUUGGUGAAAGUUUCCCUGGUAGGGAAACUCUGAAGAUAAGACUACAUGCAUGUAUUUUGUCUGUUGUGUCAUAGAGGUAACUAGGCUAGAAAAUUUGUGUUUAAAUGUUCCCUGUUUUAUAUAAUCACCACUUCAUGUAUCUUCUUGGAGCAUGUUCUUGUUCAAAGAGAAGUUCUUUCUCAGUGAUGUGGUAUCUUCCCUGAGGAACUUGGGUAGAGAAUGAUUUCUUCUGCAUAAACAUUUCAAGGAAAUACAUAAUUUGGGACUACUUGUAACUCAUUAGAAUAAUUACAUAGAGAAAUAAUUACAUGGUUUCUUAAGAGAAAAAGAACAUCAGAAAGCAAAAUAAAUGGGAAGACAUGACUGGACAUCUGCAUUUAUAUUUGAAAUACCAGCAUUUUCUAUGAACCAGAAAAAUGCCAUCGCCUAGACCACACAGCCCAGAUACCACGCAGAAGGAUGGCCCAAUGGCAACUGAAAUCAGGGAAUGGGGUAAAGGAGAGAGUUCUAAUUUGAUGUAUCAUUUAAAAACAGUUUUUUACAUUAUAUAUCUACCAUAAAGAUCAACCCCCACCAAACUUAACCAAACAGCAUUUGUUUUAUUUGAAAUUCACUUUAAUAAAGUGAAUUAUAUACA